GCCCCCGCCGCGGCCUGGAGCGCCUCCCGGCCGGAGCCCGGAGCCCGGAGCCCGGAGCCCGGAGCCGCCGCCGCCGCACCGCCGCCGCCUCGGUCCGCCCGGCCGCGCCAUGCGGGAGCUGGCCGUCGAGAUCGGGGUCCGAGCCCUGCUCUUCGGGGUCUUCGUUUUCACGGAGUUUCUGGACCCGUUCCAGAGAGUCAUCCAGCCGGAGGAGAUCUGGCUGUACAAAAACCCCCUGGUGCAGUCGGACAACAUCCCCACCCGCCUCAUGUUUGCCAUUUCGUUCCUCACGCCCCUGGCUGUGAUCUGUGUGGUGAAAAUUAUCCGGCAGACAGACAAGACUGAAAUUAAGGAGGCCUUCCUAGGCCAGGCGACGACCCGGCUGCUCAUCUGUGGCUUUGGGUUUGGUGGUCACGUGGCCCAGUGUCCGAGGCUGGUGGUGGGAGGUCAGCUUUUCCAGCCGGGGCACCGGAGCCCUCCCACCCAUGUCCCGAGCAGCCGGGCUGGGUUAGGAUGGAUACCACUGUGGUCCCAGGAUGUCCUCUUCGGGGCCUUCUUAACUGACUUGGAAAUCCCUUCUCACUUUAAAAAAUUAUCUUUAUUCUUAAAGAUAUUACAGAGUCUCCCUUUCAUCCCCAGUAACCCCUUCCUCACACCACGUGGCUUUGCAUCUUCUCAGCAGACAGCCUGGCUGGCAUGCUGCCUCUGGGCCCGCAGAGCUGUGGAUGCUGCAGACCAGCCCUCACACCAGACCCCCGACUGCUAUCCGUCAGGAAGCUCCGGAUCAGGUCACUCAUUUCCUGCUCUCGGCCUUUCCUGCAUCUGCACUCGGCUGCCCUCUCUCUGGUGUCCGCCUGAGAGGCCAUGCCGAUGCCCUGGGGUGCUGCUCAGAUGGAAAUAACUCAGGUCGCUCCCAGAAUGAGGAGUCUGGCUGUGUUCUGGCAGCAGGAGCUCACCAUUGCUCCCACGAGGAGAUUCUAUCCGCCCUGGAUACUGUCACCCAGAUCCCCCUCCUUUCUUCUCCUUUGGCUUUCGGGUCAGGAGUGAGGCUGCCCGCUGUGGGCAGUACGUGACAUGCACACGCUUCCCAGCUCGGCUACUUGGUCUUUUAAAGACCCGCUCUGUGCGGCAGCGAGCCCCUGGUGCAGAGGCCGGGGUGUGGGGUUCUGGACUGACGCCUCCCCUUUAAGUUCCCAGAUGCACUGGCAGCUCAGCUGGAGACACUUUCUCCCAGAGACUGGUCUGUGCCAGAGGCCAGGCCAGGACCAGGUGGGAAGUCGGACCGGCUGGAGAAUGGCAGUGUGCCCUCGGACCAUGGUGUCGGGAGACCCAGUCACGUCCUGGUGUCCUCACAGCCUGUCCGUUGUCACGGCUCUGGGAGAAGCGGCAUGAAGACAAACCAGGGAUCCCCUCCUCAGCCCAGGAGACCUUCCAGCAGGCCUCGAGCUUGCGAGACGGCAGAGGCCAGCGUUUAGGAAGGAGGUCUGUGCUCUCAGGAUCAACCAGAGGGUUUCCCUGAGUUUCCCACUCUGUUUCCAUUCCUGAGCCGCCACCCCCGCCCCC